UAAAUUGUACGGCAAAACCCGGACGGGAAAUCAAUGGUAACAGCUGUAAAUAGAAACUGACGUUGGGAGGAGAAAGGGGGAGCUCGUCGGUGGGUGAUGGAGAGGGCAGCGGUGCUCCGGCACCUCUUCAGUGAAAUUCAGGAGUUCCGCGAAUUCUACGAGCGCAGGUGGGUUUCAUUUGAUUUUGAUGAUACUUCAGCUGAGGAUGAUUAUUGUGGUUGGGUAUCAGAAGCCAAGUCUGAAAUAAUUAAUUUGUUCGAAUCUAAUACGAGUCCAAACAAAAGAUCACGAACUGAAAAGAGUAGCAGCAGCACAUUGUUCACUAUUCCAAACUUAAUAGUGACAAUGGAGCAACAAAUAUGGAAGGAACUCCCUGUAGAUCUCUUGGAAGCUGUGAUUGCAAGGCUCCCAAUAGCCACUCUUUUUCGUUUCCGCUUGGUAUGCCGAAAGUGGAAUUCAUUGCUAAGCUCUACUAGCUUCGCUCGUCACUUCGCAGAAGUUCAGCAAACGAAUCCUUGGUACAUUGUUCAAAACAGGGUUCAUCGCUUUGAUGCUGCCAAAGACGGAGCCAUGUAUGACCCUUCUUCGAAAAAAUGGCACAACUUAUCCAUCCCAGUUCUCCGUUCGAAGAUCUUUUACAUCGUUGCUUCAGCCGGUGGCCUUGUUUGUCUCUUGGAUAUCAACAACAGGCACUUCUAUAUAUUCAACCCUCUUAUCAAUGCAGUCAAAGUGCUCCCGCCGAGGUCCACUCGUGUUCGUUCACGAGUGGCUGUGGGGAUGGUUUUGACAGCGAAUACGGCGAACGGAAGUUACAAGGUAGUCUUGCUUGGAUGCAAUGGAGAUCACGAGGUCUAUGACUCUGCGCUAGACCACUGGUCUCAUCAAGGGUCUUUACCUCAAAGUAUCAAGCUUCCGUUCACCUUAAAUUUCCGGUCGCCGACUGUGUGCAUUGGCAGCACGAUUUACUUUAUGCUAUCCAAUCCUGACGGAAUUUUGACGUACAAUGUCGCCACUGGUGUUUGGAAACAGUAUGUUAUUCCGUUACCUUUGCGUAUAACGGACCAUACAAUUGCGGAGUGCCAGGGAAAGGUUUUGCUCGUGGGACUGCUCUCGAAAAAUGCGGCGACGUGUGUUUGCAUAUGGGAGUUGCAGAAGAUGACACUUCUAUGGAAGGAGGUUGACAGAAUGCCAAAUAUUUCGUGCUUGGAGUAUUACGGGAAGCACGUAAAGAUGACUUGCGUGGGGAAUCAGGGGGUGCUCAUGCUGUCGUUGAGAUCAAUAAGGUCGAAUCGUUUCAUCACAUAUGAUUUGCACGAGAAGAGAUGGGAGAAGCUUCCAGAGUGUACGCUUCCCCUUAAUGAGAGGAAGCAGUGGAUAGCAUGUGGCACGUCGUUUUAUCCUUGUCCAACUGCUCGUCCUUGAUCAUGUUUUUUUAUCUUGUGCGAAGGCUUGGUCUCAUGUCACCACUCUGCUGAUGAAUAGGCUUUAGAUUUUGGUCCUACAUUGCUGCAAGUCUAAUUUUAAUAUCUCUAUUUCUGAAUAUCUGUCAUGUACUUGCUUUCUUUCUGGAUAUUAUAAUUUUCAUAAUUGUUAGAACUUAUAAAGUAUGUGAAAAUUUUAAAAAG